GGCUUCAACAUUAGAGACUAUGCACUUCACCUUUGCAACAACCAUUUAAGUACAUACAUACUCCCAAAAUGGCUGCCUCUGUGGAAUACUUUCCCUAUUACUCACCACCCUCCCAUCAACAUCCUCUCCCUUCUCCAGUUCCACCCCCUCCUUCCCACAUUUCCCCUCCACCACCUCCAUUUUCUCCUCCUCAUCACCCACCACCACCACAUUUUUCUCCUCCUCAUCAGCCACCGCCAUCACCAUAUCCUCAUCCUCAUCCGCCACCACCAUCACCAUAUCCUCAUCCCCAUCAGCCACCGCCUCCACCUCACGUUCUUCCACCACCACCACCAACACCAGCACCGGGGCAUCAUGUUAUCAUUGUGGUUGUUAUCUCUCUUGGAAGUUUGUUUUUUCUUGCAUUCCUCGCUGCUGCUCUCUUCUGCUAUCUCAAGAAAAGAAGAAAGUCUUCUACAAAGGCUGAGAUUAUCGAGUUUGAUGAACACCUCAAAGUCCAAGAAACCAUAGUGCAAGGACCCCAUGGCGAACAAACGAGAGUGGUAAUGCUUGAAGAGGACAUUCAUUUGGUAGAGGAUAUUCACAAGACUGAAAAGCUUAGCCGUCCUAGUCACCUCAGUUCAACUGGAAGACAUGCCAUUGAUAUUUCAGAUCCCAAUCAUCAUUUUACUGAGCAAAAGUCCUAAAUCAAAAGGCUCAAAAUGUAAACAAUCAUAUUUAUUCACACCAUCUAACUAAUAAAAACAAUUUAAAUAUGGUACCAAAUCUUGCAAUCCAAAACUUGAUAUUGAUUCCAAGAUAAAUGCUGUACAUGUCCGUCCAAUUAAUACAACUUAAUAUUUUACUAUGAUUUCCACUUUGCGAAUGUAAGUAACCUUAUAUAUUUAUGAUCAUUGAUUCCGUUUGCUGGCUUUUAAUGUAG